AUGACUGUCACCUUCCCUUAUUCGUCCGCGCCGGUGAAGCGGAUCAAGGAGAUCCAGUUCGGUGUCAUGAGUCCAGAGGAGAUCAUUGAGCACCCGGAGGUCAUGGACGAGAACGGCAAACAGAAGGUCGGCGGUCUGAUGGACCCUAAGAUGGGAACUAUCGACCGUAACUUCAAGUGUCAGACGUGUUCAGAAGGAAUGGCCGAAUGCCCCGGCCAUUUUGGUCACAUCGAGCUUGCGCGACCCGUUUUCCAUGCCGGAUUCAUCGUCAAGGUGAAGAAGAUCCUGGAAUGCGUUUGCUACUCGUGCGGCAAGCUCAAGGUCGACAUGCGCGACCCCAUGGUCCAGAACAUCGUCCGUCGCAUCAAGCCUCAGCACCGUCUCAAGGCAAUCUGGGACCUUGCGAAGGCGAAGAAUGUGUGCGAAGCCGACUCUUUGGAGGAGAACGAUGCGGAACAGGACGAGUACGGAGAGAACAGCGGCCCCAAGCCCAAGACUGGACAUGGAGGAUGCGGUCACCACCAGCCCGCUUACCGAAAAGAGGGCCUGAAGUUGAUCGCUGUCUUCAAGCCCUCCAAGGACAAGCAGGAGGAGGGAUCGGAGCCGGAGCGCAGAAACAUCUCUGCUGCUGAGUGCCACAACAUCCUGAAGAAGAUCCCUGAUGAGGAUCUUCUCAUUAUGGGUCUCAACGCCGAGUAUGCGCGCCCCGACUGGAUGAUCCUCACCGUUCUUCCUGUGCCUCCUGCCGCUGUCCGCCCGUCCAUUUCUGUUGACGGUGGUGCUAUGCGCUCUGAGGAUGACUUGACGUACAAGCUUGGUGAAAUCCUUAAGGCCAGCGCCCAGGUUCGUAAACUCGAGGCAGAGGGUGUUCCGCCAUCGGUAGUGAACGAGCACUUCGACCUCCUCCAGUUCCACGUCGCGACCUAUAUGGACAACGAUAUCGCCGGUAUCCCCCAGGCUCUGCAAAAGUCCGGCCGCCCGGUGAAGGCCAUCCGUGCUCGUCUGAAGGGCAAGGAGGGUCGUCUGCGUGGUAACCUCAUGGGCAAGCGUGUCGACUUCUCCGCCCGUACCGUCAUUACGGGAGAUCCAAACCUUCAGCUCGACCAGGUCGGUGUGCCGCGCAGUAUCGCCAUGACUUUGACGUACCCGGAGCGAGUGACGCCUUACAACAUCAACUAUCUCCAGCAGCUCAUCAACAACGGUCCAGCCACUUACCCUGGUGCUCGUUACUAUGUGAAGGAUACCGGAGAGAGAAUAGACUUGAAGUACCGCAAGUCUGGAGAGCCGAUUCCUCUGCAGUUCGGCUGGAUCGUCGAGAGACAUCUGAAGGAUGGCGACUACGUUCUUUUCAACCGUCAGCCGUCUCUCCACAAGAUGUCUAUGAUGAGUCACCGUGUCAAGGUGAUGAACUACUCGACCUUCCGUCUCAACCUCUCGGUCACGUCACCGUACAACGCCGACUUCGACGGAGACGAGAUGAACUUGCACGUCCCGCAGAGUGAGGAGACGAGGGCAGAGCUGUCCCAGAUCGCUUGGGUUCCCCGACAGAUUAUCUCCCCGCAAGCCAACAAGCCCGUCAUGGGCAUUGUCCAGGACACGCUCUGUGGUGUUCGAAAGUUCACCCUUCGAGACAACUUCUGCGACUGGGCAUUCGUCCAGAACCUGCUGCUGUGGCUGCCGGACUGGGAUGGAACUAUCCCCCCACCUGCCAUUCUGAAGCCCCGACCAAUGUGGACGGGCAAGCAGCUGGUUUCCAUGUGUAUCCCUAAGGGUAUCAACAUUGCGGCUCACGACAACGAGCGCCCGUCGCCCAUCGAUGUGACCGACCAGAACGUUCUCGUUGACAAUGGAGAGUUGGUCUAUGGAACGAUCACCAAGAGCAUGGCUGGUGCCGCGUCCAACGGUCUCAUCCACGUCAUCUUCCGAGAGCUUGGUCACAUCAAAGCUCGCGACUUCUUCUCGGCCAUGCAGCGAGUCAUCAACUUCUGGCUCCUCCACAACGGUUUCAGUGUUGGUAUCGGAGACACGAUUGCAGACAGCGCGACGAUGGCUGCCGUCAACAACCGUCUUGUGGAGGCCAAGGACACGGUUCAGGCGUUCAUCAGCGAGGCUGAGAACAACAAGAUGAAGCCCCGACCGGGUAUGACGAUCCGUGAAACUCUGGAGGCGGCGGUGUCCGGUGAACUCAACAAGGCGCGUGACUGGGCUGGUAAAACGGCACAGGACAACCUAAAGGCGGACAACAACGUCAAGCAGAUGGUUGUCUCCGGUGCCAAGGGUUCGUUCAUCAACAUCUCUCAGAUGUCGGGAUGUGUCGGUCAGCAGAUCGUCGAGGGUAAACGUAUUCCGUUCGGUUUCCGACACCGCACACUCCCCCACUUCUCGAAGGAUGACUACGGACCGGAAUCUCGUGGUUUCGUCGAGAACUCGUACCUCCGUGGUCUGACCCCUCAAGAGUUCUUCUUCCACGCCAUGGGUGGACGUGAGGGUCUCAUUGACACUGCGGUCAAGACUGCCGAGACGGGUUACAUCCAGCGUCGACUUGUCAAGGCCAUGGAGGACCUCAAGGUCGGCUAUGACGGAACCGUGCGCAACUCGGGUGGUGAUAUCAUCCAGUUCCUCUACGGUGAGGACGGCAUGGAUGGAGCCAUGAUGGAGAAGCAGACUCUCGACACUCUCCGCUUGUCGGACGCGGCUUUCGAGUCGAAGUACAGGGUGGAUGUCCUCGGCGCUACGGGAGGCUUCAAGAAGGGAACUCUGGAGGCUGGUAUCGACCAAACAUCGGUCGAUCUGCAAAAGCUGCUGGACGAGGAGUGGGGUCAGUUGGUUGAGGACCGAAGGUUACUUCGAGAGGAGAUCUUCCCGGACGGUGACCCAGGACACCCUCUGCCGGUGAACAUCAAGCGUAUCAUCCAGAACUCGCAGCAAAUCUUCCACAUCGACAAGCGUCUGCCGAGUGACCUCGACCCUGCCUACCUCAUCGAGAAGAGGCAAGCUCUCUCCGACUCGCUGGUUGUGGUCCGUGGCGACGAUCCGAUCUCUCGGGAGAGCCAGCGCAAUGCUACGCUGCUCUUCAACAUUCUUCUCCGGUCCCAACUGGCGACUCGCCGAGUUCUUGAGGACUACCACCUUAGCAGGGUGGCGUUCGAUUGGGUUUGCGGAGAAAUCGAGACGCUGUUCAACAGGGCCAUCGUGGCCGCGGCCGAGAUGGUGGGAACGCUUGCCGCGCAGUCUAUUGGUGAACCCGCUACCCAGAUGACGCUCAACACCUUCCAUUACGCUGGUGUGUCCAGUAAGAGUGUCACCGGAGGUGUGCCGCGUCUGAAGGAGAUCAUCAACGUCGCGACCAACAUCCGUACGCCGGCUACCAACGUCUACCUCGACCCAGAGUACAGCAGGACGGAGCGCGAUGCCCAUCAGAUCUCGCGUAAGCUGACGUACACGCGUCUGCGAGACGUGACUGCUUCCGUGGAGAUCUUCUACGACCCGAAGCUCGACUCGACGGAUAUCGAGGAGGACAAGGAGUUCGUCGACGCAUUCUUCGCCAUCCCCGACGAAGACAUUCGUCUCGAGCUUCACUCGCCGUGGCUGCUGCGUCUGGAGCUUGACCGUGCCAAGGUUCUUGAGGGUGGAUAUGAGAUGGCCGACAUCGUCAGUGCUAUCGUCAGCACCGUCGGAAAGGACAUGUUCGUCAUCCACUCUGAAGACAACGCCGACAAGCUCAUCAUUCGUAUCCGUGUCGUGGCGGAGGAGAAGAUGGACGGCGAGGAGCUCCUGGGCGACGAGGACAUGUUCCUCAAGCGAAUUGAGCUGACGCUGCUGGAUGGAGUUGAGCUUGGUGGAAUCCCUGGUAUCACCCGUGUGUUCAUCUCUGAAGGCAAGCAGACCGUUCUUUCGCAGAAGGGAGAGUAUGACCAGCAGCAGGAGUGGUUCCUCGAGACCGACGGUAUCAACCUGCAGCAGGUCAUGGCCGUCGACGGUGUCGACUUCACGCGUGCCUACUCGAACAACUGUUACGAGGUCUGGCAGAUUCUCGGUAUCGAGGCUGGCCGCAACGCCCUGUAUAAGGAGUUGCACGGAGUCAUUGCUUCUGGUGGUUCUUACGUCAACUACCGUCAUAUGGCGCUUCUCUGUGACCUCAUGUGCAACAAGGGUCACCUCAUGUCGAUUACCCGUCACGGUAUCAACCGAACCGAUGCUGGUGCGCUGUCCAGGUGUUCGUUCGAAGAGACUGUCGAGAUUCUUCUCGAGGCCGCUGCCGUCGGUGAUGUCGACGACUGCCAGGGUGUCGCUGAGAACGUUCUUCUCGGCCAGAUGGCCCCUAUGGGUACCGGCGCGUUCGACGUCUCGCUCGACCUCGGCAUGCUCAAGGACGUCAUCGUUGACCACCGUCUGCCGGUGCAGAUCGCUCUUGCCCAGAAGGGUGCUGGCGGCAUGACGCCUGGUGGUGCCAUGACGCCUUACGACAACAUGUCGCCCAUGUGGAACGGUGGUGGCAUGGGUGGUGUUGCGUCUGCCUCGUUCUCGCCGAUGCAGACCAGCAACAACGACGAGGGUGGCUACGGUGCCAUGCCCUACGGCAUGUCUCCCAUGCAGGGCGGACAGUCACCGUACGCUCCCGGCGGUGCUGGCUUCUCGCCGACGUCUCCGUUCGCCACGGCCACCAGCCCGUACCAGCCGACCUCGCCUGCCUGGGGCGGAGCGGGCGGCAUGUCGCCUUGGGUUCCGCGGAACCAGGGCUACGGUGCGACGUCGCCGUCGUACUCCCCGACGUCGCCGCAAUACAACCCGACGAGCCCGAGGUACUCCCCGACGUCGCCGUCGUACUCUCCGACGUCUCCGGCGUACUCUCCCGCUUCGCCCGCUUACGGUGGCGGCCGCACAUCGCCUGGCUACAGCCCGACGUCUCCGGCGUACUCGCCCACGUCGCCGAUGGGCGCGACCUCGCCGCGGUACUCGCCCACUUCUCCGCAGUACUCGCCUGCCUCGCCUGCGUUCUCGCCGACGUCGCCUGCCUACUCCCCCACCUCCCCGCAGGCGUUCCAGGCCACGUCGCCGAAGUACUCGCCCACGAGCCCUGCCUUCUCGCCCACGAGCCCGUCCUACUCCCCCACCUCGCCCGUGUACAGUCCCACGUCGCCUUCGUACUCCCCCGCGUCGCCCGCGUACUCGCCCACCUCGCCCGUGUACAGUCCCACGAGCCCCGGCGGUCCUGGCCAGCAAGGACAGAACGGCGCCGCCCAGUCGCGCGGCUGGGGUACCGCCGGCCAGAGCAGGUACUCGAGCGACCCGAGCUGGAGCAAGAACAAGAAUGAUCGAGGGAUCGGCGAGCGACAAGAGGGCAAGCACCGUGAAAUUAGAUAG